AUUUAAGAGAUCUUAACUGAUUUAUUGUUCGUUGUUUUUUUUAGAAACAGACUCACAGAGAUCGUUAAUCGAGUCUAAAAUUUAAAAGGAACUAUUGUGCCGCUGUGACCGUGUUCCCCGUGGGACAUAAUUCGCAGUAGGACGAACUGUGUGUGUUGAGGGAGAAAACGUGAGAACGUGCUGUAACGUUAGAUCUCGUGUUAUUGGAGUUAAACGUUGUAUAAAUUAAUUAAAUGCUGCAGCUAACCUGAUCAACUAUACAGAUCUACAGAACAAACCGGAAGUCAGUCUCGGAGUGACGCUGGAAUAACCCGGAGGAAACCAUGAAGAAGAAACUUCAGCAGAGUGAAGAGGCGUCUCCGGGGCAACCGCCAGCUGACUAUGUGGUGGGUCAGGUGUCUGGAAGUUUGUCCCAGAAGAAGUCCGCAGCCUCCGGAUCGCUGUCGGCUUUGUUCGGCACCGCUGCGCCAGCUGCACCUCUUCUGUUUCAGCCUGCGCCCAAGCCUGUUAAGAAGAGCACAGAGCAGCAGGCGGAAACUCCAGAGGUCAAAGGUCAACCCAGCCAGAAGAAGAAGAAGGAGAAGCCGCUGAAGGAAAAAUCAGAAGCUGAACAGAAGCUGGAAAACAGGGAGAUGAGUUUACAGAACGCAGACGAGGCCGAGGGAGGGCAGCAGGCGCCCAGGCAGAGUAAGAAUAAGAAGAGGAAAGCUCCGGAGGCGGGUGGAAGGAAUGAGCAGUGGGUGAUGAAGAGGCAGAGGAUGAGAGCCAGAGAAGAGGAGGAGGUGAUAAAGAGGAAGAGGACGGUGUUCGUGGGCAACCUGCCCGUCAGCUGCACCAGGAAGACGCUGCAGAGCCUCUUCAGGGAUAAAGGAUCCAUCGAGUCCAUCCGGUUUCGCUCUGUGGUCCGAGAGGAUCCCUCCAUGUCCCGCAAAGUAGCAGCGAUUCAACGCAAAGUGCAUCCCAAAAAGCAAAGCAUAAACGCCUACGUGGUGUUUAAAGACGAGGACGGCGUCUCGAAGGCGUUGGAGAGGAACGGCACGGAGAUCGAGAAAGACUUUCACAUCCGAGUGGACCGAGUGACGGACGACUCGGCGCAUGAUCACAAACGCUCUGUGUUUGUGGGGAAUCUUUCAUUCGAGAUAAAUGAACUGGCUUUUCGGCGGCACUUUGAGGGGUGCGGUACAGUGGAGGCUGUACGACUGGUGCGAGACCAGAACUCUGGACUGGGGAAAGGAUUCGGCUACGUCCUGUUUGAGAGCGCCGACUCGGUGCAGCUGGCGUUGGAACUGGACGGCACCAAACUGGAGGGCAGGUCCAUCCGGGUGAAGAGGUCGAUGAAGAAGGAGAAGCAGAAGAAUAAAAGUGACAGCAGAGGAGCCACGGUGAGGGCCGGCAAGGGCCCUGUGAAGGGCCCAUGGCAGGAGAGAGGAGGCCGUCGGGGAGGUUUCAAGUCUCAAAAGAAUUUCCCGGGAAAGCAGCAGACGACAACUAAAAGCUCUGCCUCCUUCAAAGGAGAGAUGGUGGAUCCAAACAAAAAGAGUAAAAAGAAAGGACUGAAGAAGAAAGUGAAGCCAAAAAAGACUGUUCACAUCUGAUCUACACUUUACAGGUAUAAACUCUUUCUGACUGAACCCAGCAGUGAUUCAGCUUCUGCUGCUCUCAUCACAUUUUCAGGAAGAACAAGAAGCAGCAGGUUCACAGAUGCCCCUUUUCCACCAACAUGGAGCGGUUCAGUUCUGGUUCUUGAACCUGAUUUUGAACCAUUCAGACCAAAAAUAAAUUGGUUCAGACCAGAAAAGCAAAAAAAAGCAGGUUUUCUCCAAGUGCACGUCACACACUGAGCGAGCCGCCUGUUAAUGACGCUGUGGGCUAAUGGGCACGUAGCUACUUCCAUGUUUCAGAUGAUACGUCAUGUUUGUAGUCGACCAAUGAAGAUGAGUUUACAUAUCACCUUGGGUUCGUCCUUCACCUUCUCAAAAUGAUCCCACACUUUGGAUUUCCUGCCCGACAUGUUAUUAACUAGCCUGUGGAAUAACCGCAGGUACCAGCCCUGGAAAUUAACCUGACUCCUGUCUGACUGCUGAGCGUGGACACUUCCUGUGUCUGUCCUUUCAAAGUAAACUCACACAUGGUCCAGUCACAUAGGUUUGGAUUUAUUUUGACAAGGUGCAGCUCCUGAUAGAGUUUCACUUUUUUUAAUUUUUUCUGCGUCAUCGUGACCAAUGAAAUCUUGCCGACUAAUGACCUUUUUUGGUUGAAUAACAUUUGGUCGAUUGGUGUACUGACUGUUUUUUUUUCUCUUUUUGUUUUCUCUGGUGCUUUGUUUUAAUUUGCUCCACACAAUAAAGCGAUCCAUCGUCCCA